CAUCGCGUCGCGUGUCGUUUGGCCCGCAUAUCAUUACCGCAAAUUAUCAAUCAUAUUAACCUUCCGGAGUGAAAACAAGUGUUUAUUUAUACCCAGUUCGCGAUGCUUCGCCCGUUUUUGGAUGCGUUUUGGAACGAAGAUGUGUGGUUACCGCCCAACACUACGUGGGCAGAUCUAUCACCCGGCCCGGAUAAAACGGUCACCUACACCGACCAUCGACAUGUUUUGCUUCCUAUACCCAUGGCUCUGGUGUUUAUAGUUCUACGCUUCGUUUUAGAGAAAUAUGUGUUUGCUCCAUUCGGCAAGUCACUAGGUAUUAAAGAUGGAAGAAACAAGAAAGCGACACCCAACCCUAAACUGGAAGCCGCUUACAAGGCCAACCCUGCUUGUAAAAAGUUGGCAGCCCUGGCGAAACAAACGGACAUGUCCGAACGCCAAGUCGAGCGAUGGUGGCGCCUCCGGCGGGCCCAGGAUAAACCUACGACCCUUGUGAAAUUCUGCGAGAAUGCUUGGAAGUGUUCCUUCUAUGUCUGCAACUUUAUCUUCGGGAUAGCCAUACUGUGGAAUAAGAAGUGGCUCUGGGAUAUAGAUCAUGCUUAUAUAGGAUAUCCUCAUCAGGGCCUAACGAACGACGUAUGGUGGUACUACAUGAUCUCCUCAGCCUUCUACUGGUCUCUCACGAUCUCUCAAUUCCACGACGUGAAACGCAAAGACUUCUGGCAGAUGUUCGUCCACCACCUGGCUACCAUCCUGCUGCUAUCUUUCAGCUGGGUCUGCAAUCUGCACAGGAUAGGAACGCUAGUUUUGCUAGUACAUGACUGUGCCGAUAUAUUUGUAGAGGCGGUGAAGGCCACAAAGUACGCGAACUAUCAGCGGACGUGCGACGUGCUGUUCCUGGGGCUCAUCAUCACCUGGAUCACCACGAGGAUCUUCAUCUAUCCCUACUACAUCAUCUGGAGCACUCUGAUCCGAGCGCCGAUGCUGCUGCCAAUGUUCCCAGCCUACUACAUCUUCAACUCGCUGCUCUGUCUUCUGCUCGUGUUACAUGUGGUGUGGACGUGGCUCAUACUGCAGAUCGCAUACAAGGCCAUAUACGCUGGGAAGAAUGACCUGAUGAACUCCGGUUUUAAAGACCUGCACCUGCUGGCUCUGAGACGCUCAAGCAGCUCCGGGCAGACAGUGCUCCCACGCAGAACAAUAAUAAAAAUGGAUGGAGACAUUCGCAGCAGUUCGGAUGAGUUGACCGACAGCUCCCACCGAUCAAACGGCACGGCGAGACCUCACAAAGACUAAAAACUCGAGGGUCAAGCUGCAAACCAGGAAACGCUGGACUGAAUGCUUGGUACAGUUUUCUUCACUCCCUUUGUGUUAAUUACUGGCCCUUCUACUUGUUGAAAACGGAAACCUUAACCUUUUGACCGCCGUGCUCAUUUCGUUCAUUAUAAGCGGUUAAAAGGUUAAUAAAAACUAGACACUUUCGUAUGUCGAACAUUCACAAAACAGGCCGGUACUGUAAUAUUAUCUGCGUAGACGGAAAAUGCGUCCAACGACGUGAAAUGUUUCGACACCGGUGACGAGUCAUACUUCCAAUGAAAUGUGACUUAAACAACUAAUGCAACGCUUAAAGUAUCAAUUUUAUAGCUAAAAAUAAUAUUUGGCUACUGAGAUGCAGAUAAUUUGUAAUAUAUACUACAAUUACAUGUUAUUUGUAUAAUAAUACACUUGUAGAACGUUGUCACGCUGAGAAAAUAUGAUAGUUAUUUUGUACCAUUCUACGUCGUUUAUAGACAACUUUUUCGAAUGUCCUGUCCUUCCAUUAAAUGCUUAAUGAAAAUUAAUCUAAAAGAAAUAACUCGAAUUAUCAAAGGUAAUUUUCGAAAAUAUAUCUAUUCAAAAUAAGACACACAGUUGUACCAGUUUUUGAUGCUUUUAAACCACUCUGUAGAGUUACUUCCACGAUUUUCUUAAACAUGUACCGAUUUAGUCUAAAAAUGGUUUUCGAUAUGCAUUUUUAGUACACGUAGUCGAUACUUGAGAGUAUAGUUUUGUAAAGUUAUGGAAUUGCAUUUUUGAAAGCGCCUUUGACUAUAGACAGUGUCGAAAUGUUUAUGUUUUACAACGUUCUAUUUCUAUUAGCUGUAAGGUCUGACAUCUUGUGGUCAGCAUCUGAAACUUAAACUGUACAUAGAGCAUACAGUUGUCCUUGUGUGCGUGCGUGUUGACACGACUCGCUCAUUGUUCGCAUGCACACAGCAUGGAAAUGAUGCGCGUGUAUUGCGCAAUAGCCCAAUAGGAGCCUCCAUCUACAAGUGUACGUGUGGGUUCAAGAGCUUGUGACAAGCGUAUUCAAUACAAAUCGGCCGGCAUGGCCGAUCUACUUCCUUCCUAUAUCUGUGUACCGCUACAGUUCAUGUACCUUAUAACUUUUAUAAGCUUAUAUUUUUGUUCUAUACAUAUAUUUCUAAGUAUUCUUAACUAGCGUAUUUGAAAAUGCAAUUUCGUCUACUAAAUAUACCAAAUGUAAGAGCUAGCUAUAUUUAUGGCGGCUGGGACCAUUUAGUCGGUUUUAGUUGUUUUUCUACUUAUAUGUAGGGACCACAUUAGAAUUACCAUGACCAGUACAAUGACUUCAAGUUAUGCUAAUGUAUAACUUUUUUCCAAGCAAUUAUGUAGCUUAUUAAAUUUUUGAGAAUGUUACUAUUCAAUAUUUUGUUUCUAAAUACAAAUAAGACACUUUACAUACAUGACAACUGUAGAAGGAUUAAAAUGUCACAAAAAUGGCUUCCUUUUAACGACUUUCAGUGACGACUUUUGACUGGUAAAGUUCGUCUUAUAUCUACACUGAAGUCAAAAAACUGCCGUCGGAAUACUUCUAUUGUGGUCUGUCAGAUUUGCUCCUAAACUAGUGUUAUAAUUUCCAAAUAAUACGUAAAUUUGUAUAAAGAAAUAGCGACUUAUACGUGGUAUCAUAAGGUUAAGAAAACUAUGUUCUUCACUUCAUAGAGUUUAAGUUUAUAGAGCAUUUUGUGUUAUAUUCGUUAAUUAUAGACGUUAAAUCAAAUCUUGUCAGUAAAUAGGCGCGAAAUUCAAAUUGUCUAUGGGACGAUAACCUACAUUUUCAAUAUUUUUUUAUGCUUCCAUUCCAUCGAUAUUGUCGAUGAUUCCGCCAACGUCAAGGCACGCACUUUAUGGAGACAAUAGGGACUUGACUGUAGUUAAAAUAAAAUAUUUUAUACCAUGCACGAAAUAAAGCAUCAGAUAAUUAUAAGAAAGACCUGGACAGAAGUUAUUUUUAAUCAAAUUUCUAUUUAAUAAGUCAGGUA